AUGUCGCAAGUGCAGAAGAAAAAACAGCGUUUGUCGCCAGAUGAAGGAUCAGCAUCAAGCAACUCAGGAACAAGCGCAACGGGCAAACAAGCCGAAAAAUCCGUUGUGGUUAGGGGAGGUGCAGGGCGCGCUGUUCAACCCGGAGAUCCAGUCCCUCGAGGAAAGAAGCGCCGUUAUAAGCCUGGUACAUUGGCUCUAAGGGAAAUUCGCAAAUUUCAAAAGUCUACCGAUCUUUUACUUCUCAAACUCCCCUUCUCCCGUUUGGUCCGUGAAAUCGCACUCUCCGUACGUCCUGAAGGUGAGGGUAUGCGAUGGCAAUCACAAGCUAUUCAAGCGCUCCAAGAGUCGGCUGAGGCGUUUCUCGUUCAUCUAUUUGAAGAUACGAAUUUGUGUGCUAUUCACGCCAAGAGAGUUACAAUUAUGCAGAAGGAUAUACAACUUGCGAGACGUAUUCGAGGUGCAUGGGGCGGUUUGGGCUAA